AUGUUGAAGUCAUUGGCAUUAUUCGUUCUCAUCUUGUGCACCACUCUUGUUGUAAGUGGUGCUAAUAUUGUACAAGAAACUUGUAGUAAGACUCCAAAUUCUGCACUAUGCAUUCAAUACCUAAAUGCUGACCCAAAAAGCUCCACCGCAGAUGUUAGUGGCUUAGCACUGAUCAUGGUUAAUGUAAUAAAGAGUAAAGCAAACAUUGCGGUAGACAAAAUCAAACAACUUAGUGGAAGUAUUUCUGCCGAUCAAAAGGUGGCACUUAGAUCAUGUGCUGAUAAAUACAACGCAAUUUUGGUAGCUGAUAUUCCACAAGCAACUGAAGCUUUGCAAAAAGGAGACCCAAAAUUUGCAGUAGAUGGUGCAAAUGAUGCUGCUAUUGAGGCCAAUGGUUGUGAGAAUGGCUUCUCUGGAAAAUCACCACUCACAGCUGAAAAUAAUGUAGUGCGUGAUGCAUCUGCCAUAACAUCAGCUAUAGCUAGGUUGUUGCUCUAA